AUGAGAUGGAAAUGUUAUGGCUACUUGGACGACUUGAAACGUUACUCGAGGUAUAGGUCGUCGCAGGAAUUCAGUAUUCUGUUAAAAUCCAACGUUGUUCAUACAUUGCCUAAAUUUGUGGAACUUGCCAAGGUCACAAAGCUCACUUUGGCCGUAUCAGUCGAGCCGGCGCUGGACGACUACUCAGUUGCGAAUGGGAUUGAUGAUUUGGUGCUGGUACUAAAAGAGACCGUCAACGUCGACUAUUUUGCGUGGGAUGGGCGUGUGAAGGGGUCCAAGAAGUACAAGAUCUCAACAAUAUGGGAUUCGUUAAAGAAACUCCAAGCUACCGUGACCGAUCUGCGACAUCUUAGACACUUGAAAAUUUUACGAUACCUAUACCAUCCCUCCUUCUUCCUCGCACCUCCAAAGAGCGUGAGGAUAUUGUCGCUGGAUUGCAUAACGUCUGAAGCAUGGUGGCGAAGUUUCGCUGUGUGCCCAUUAUCCGGUGUGGAAGAGUUAUCGAUUAAUUAUGUAACCGGAUGCGAUUCUUCUGAAGGACUGAAAGGAUUCGUCGAACCAGCGACGACGAAAUUCAACGAUAUUAUAUUGGUAGACGUGGCGGCACGGGGUCUCCGAAAGUUUUCCUGCAAUCGAUCUUUGUCAAGUAUUCCCCAGAACCUUGGGGAGUGUAUACUGCGGAACAAUAGGGAUCUCGAUCUCAACUCUCGAAAACAAAUCAAGCGUCAAAAUGCAGUCAAACUCGCAACGGAGUGCCACGACUUAUAUGAAGAAGAGCAUCGGAAGUGCCUUGGUUUGAUUGUCCCUCGCUAUACAAGGAAAUUCGCCGAGGGAUACAAGGUAGAUGUAGAGGAGUCUCUGAAGUUCAUGGCUGAGUGGGCGGAAAUGCUCGCUUUGACUGUGGAACCGGAUUAUUUGGAAGGCAUAGACAACUGGAUCGCCGAAAAAGACCGUACUGAGAGCGUUGGAGCGCGAGAGAACGGUGUUGAUUGUCUUGGAAUCGAGACAAGAGAUCAUAAGAAGUGGGACAUUAGGGAAAAUGAUAUAGAGAAGGCCAGGAACUUCGUUGUGCCUCUGGUCUAUGAAUUUUCAGGGGCUAUUAGAAGCGUUAAAUUCAGAGUAAUAGAUGCCAUCGCUGAGAGGCUAGCGAAUUGUGAGGAUGUUGGAAGGGAAACCGCGAUGAAAAUGUUAGUUGAGGAUGUAGUGGUUCGGAUUAGAAAUGUGAGGCAGGGUAUCCGUGAUUUCAAUUAA